CAAGAGUUCGGACGUUCAUAAAAUAUCGAAGGCCCUUCACGGGGAUACCCCGGAAAAAGUAGCGUUUCCUAAAAGCCUCCUAAACCAAGAGAAAAGAUAUUACGCCAGGCACGUGCUCGAUGGCGCGUGCUUGGAGGACAAAGAGGGAUCUGUUUCCACGAUUCCUGCGGCUGCCAGCUGAUCCCACGAAACGGGGGACCGGGGGGGACCAGGCGAGACAUGUGGUCCGUCGUUGCGGCACUGCUCUUGGCGGUCGCUCUAGGGACCUGCACCCAACCACAAGAGCUGCCAUUCGAUGACCUAAUGGCCGACAUCUGCAGAAAGUAUGACAAUGGAGUCGAAAGGAGAGAGGGCGUCAUCUGCGUCGGCAAGAGAAUGGAUAUUGAUCUGGAGAACAUUGUGACCGGCUGUCUCCACAGUCGGUACAGGAUUGCGAACGUACCUGCGUCGGAGCUAUUCGACAUGCUGUGUGACGACGACAGCCGCAGGAUGGACCUUGUUUACGACUGUGUGGACGAUCAAGCCGACAACCAGGGUGACCGGGACUGGAGCCUUGACGAAGUCACCAAGUUCAUGCAGGCAAGCCCGCUUUUUCUUCUUAAAUCUGCCACACAGCUCCAUUACAGUGGCAACAUAUGUUGCACAGUCGUUCCCCCGAGAGACGCAACUUGCAUCGUCCAAAAACACAACGCCACCUUUAUUGUUCCUUUGCAGCUGUGCUGA